UUAACAUACAAACUAAUCAUCAGUCGUAGGUCGCUACUCAGUCAUGUUCCCCUUCCCCAUUCUUUCCCACGGUAGUACCCGUUCCCAUUCAAAGAUAACCCAUUGUGCACCGGCGGUUAACGCUAUCACACCGCGACAUACCGACAGACAAACAACAUGUGCGAUAUCAGUGCCAAUAGGAAAUUAGUGCUUGUGGUGGUUCCUUUGACGUUCUUCGGAGUGGUACUUGGUCAAGUGAACUACCCCCAGUUUGUGCCGAAUCCUGAUCGGAACUAUCCCGGUAUCAGUUCAACUGCUAGGCCGUUUGAUAGAAACAAUGAUAAUGUUCCCUAUGACAGAAACAAUGUGCCCUUUGAUAGAAAUAAUGUGCCAGUAGAUAGAAAUAAUGUGCCCUAUGAUAGGAACAAUGUGCCCUAUGAUAGGAAUAACGUGCCUUAUGACAGGACAAAUACCCCCUACUACAAUGUGGACCAACCGCAAAGGCCCUACGAUGGCGGUAGAAGGUUCCAAGAUGACGGCAGGGGUUUUCAAGGACGCCCUGAGGAUGAUUUUAAUAGGAGAAACAGGGUGAACAGUGACAUUAGGGGUCUUUUGCAAGCGCUUGACUUACAAGCGUCACAACAGUGCACCAGUAACGUGGCGGCUCAAUGGAAUUUUGAGACUAAUGUCAACCAAGGGUCCCAGCUAGAAGCGGUAAGUCUUAGAUAUAUAUAUACAAGGUGUCGCAAAAAUGUAUGA